AUGCCACGACGGAAGCGCCGCGGAGAACAAGCGGCGAGGGUGGCGUACGCGCUUGGGAAGCUUCGCUGCUCCAGCACAGAAGCAGAUGAGACUGGUGGCGGAGCCUACUACUUUGCCAAGCAGUCAAUCAAUGCCGACCGCCAGGCUCGAUUUGAAGCCGAGGUCUCCCGGAAGGCUCAGAUGAGGGCGAUGGAAACAGAGCACAAGCGACAGGCCGGCAUGACCACGACUCCGCAAUACCCAUCCGAUGAUCCGAGCUUGAAGCGCGCCAACAUGACCCGGUAUCAACAUGCCGCUGACGACGUUGCGUCGCCGAGUGCCGAAGCCUCGCAUGACCCGGCAGCGACCCGGCAUGAGCCCAUGGAUGAAGCGGAACGUGUGCUGGAGAAGGGAAAGUACGAGACCGUUGAACCGUAUCGACCACCGAGAGGCAACCGCUUCAGCUAA